AUGAGCUUCAUCAUACCACCAUCCCGCAAGCCCGAUCGCUUGCAGGAUGCUCAGACGCCCCGGAAUAUCCACAUCAUUGAACCCUUUUGCCAACAGAAAGCUCCACUUGUCAAUCUCGCCUCAGUUCUCUUCUGGACAAGUGAGUCAUCUUCAUCUGCCAAGCAGACUGCGGGACCGAGGACUUCGUGA